AUGGCUUCUACAGUACCUUAUGAUCCUUACGAUCAGGAUGUUGAUAAUAAUCCUUUUUCAGAGCCCUCUAUUCAAGGGAAUGACUCUAUACAGAGGAGCCCAAGGCUAACAGAAGAUCAGCAAGAAAACAACCAACCGUCUACAUCGCCAAAGCCCAAUCUACUACCAGAGCGAAAGUCGGAUAAAUAUCACCUUAUUGUAAAAGUAAUUGGACUAGAACGAGUUGGUUCCCUAACUAAUAGAAGGGAGUCACCUACCAUAAUUUUCGAUGUUUCUACAAAUCUGCCCACAUUUAGAAAACAACAUCACAAAAACUUGAAGAAAGCUUAUGAUGAGUUCCAGCUACUGUUUGAGUACCUUAACAGCUCAAUUCCGGAGACUUUUGUUCCUGCAUUACCGCCCUCCUCUACCAGUUUUGGAAUUAAUAAUGACGAAGAUAUGCAAAAAAUGAUACUAAACUUCCGCAAGUGGAUGGACAGGAUAUGUAGCGAUCCGCUUAUUAUACGUAAUGAGGAGCUGGCGUUCUUCAUGGAAAGCGACUUCAACACCUACAGUCCAACACAUCAAACUAAGUCGCCUGUGUCCGGCCUCCGUCGAAAAACACUUAAACAGUUGCCCCCUCCCUAUGACGAGGUUCUGGAACUCGCAGAAUUCCGGCCGCUCGUCAAAUCGAUAUACCUGACCUCGCAGGAUAUCCAGGCCAAGCUGCUUAAAAUGAGCAAAACACGAAAGCAACUUUCGCAGGAGGAGAAUGCAUUUGGACAGGGCUUCUGCGGCCUGUGCGUCGAAGAUGAGCGUUACAAUAGACUAUACCAGCGUUUUGGGAGAGUGAUCACUGCAGUGGGCGACAUCGACAGCAUCAUGGCAACUUUCGACAUGGCAACCCUGUACGAUAGUCUAAAGUGGGUAGUGAGGGACACCUAUGUAAUCAAAGAAGCCCUCACGAACCGGCAUUUUCUCAUGAAGCAACUACUUCAAGUUCAACAAAAUACCAAGCUAAAGCAAGACAAUGCACGUAAACUCCGUGCAAAGCGUGAUAUAAGUCCACUGAAGGUAGACGAGGCCAUUCGGCAAUUAAAAGUAGCCACAAAGACAGAACAGCAGCUAACAUACAAGCUACAGCGUGUUACAGAGAAUAUGCUCAUUGAAAAGCGCAGGUGGACCUCUUUUCUAGUCGAUUCGCUUCUAUCUGCCGUCAGGGAAUACACACUAAAGAAGAUCGAAUAUGAACGCAAGAAACUCUCCCUUCUGGAGCGCGUCCGCAGCGAUGUGCGAAAUGUAGAUACACAGGGCGGGCUUUCACGUCUUGGCCGUGAAUUACUUACUCCAAGUCCCGUAGUAACCCCUUCUCAAUCGGCCAUCCAAGGUGACGCAUGGACCGCCGAUCCACGUGCAAGUCACGGCGCUGUCAAUACUGAGAUAGACAGCCAAUUGCUUCGCUCAAUUGACGGUUCCCUAGGUGUAAUCCAACAGCAAUCCCAAUCCCAAGACCAAGACUCCAAUGGAGCAUUCUUAGACCCUCGACAGGCUGCCACUAUCUUGGGCACAAGCACUUUUUAA